AUGGCGAAUCUCUGCUGCUGCGAGUCGGACCGCGAUGAGUGCGGCUGUCGCUGGUGGCGGCUGUACGGGGUCAUUUGGUGGUGCUUGUUCAUUUUCGCGGCCGGGGCGCUGGGCUUGACGCUCUACGGCGAGCACCAUUACGCGGGAGAGAUGCUGGCGCUGCAGCCGUUGCUGCAUGGCUACGUCCCUUCGCCCUGCUCGCCGCUCCCCGUGAACGACCGGAAGUUGGUGCACAUUGACUGUCCGCUGACUGAAUUGGACUCCUUCUUGCCGCCCUCGGCCUUCUCCCCCAACAUCGCCAAAUUCACAGGCGUCUUCUUCGAGACCAGGGCGGAAAUGUACCAAAACGUCCAGAAGGUUGGGACGCUCGGGCCCUCCAUCGAAGGCGCAUGGGUAGACCACUGGAUUGACUUUUCUCAGAUCCCGAGCAUGGUCAUCCAGGGCGGCCGCAACCCCGAUUUCUUCCCCGUGGUGCCAGGGAGAGGCCGCGUGUUUUCCACGACUUUGAAAGCUGGCGGGUUCGGACUCCCAGCCCACCUGCUCACGAGAUUCACGAAGAAGCAACUUCUUCCUCUGGUGGAUGACGGCUACUACCAGCCGUCGGAUUCUCGCCCUCCCACUCACGUCGACUACAAGAACACCCAAGUCAGAAACAAUGCACUCUACACGGGCGACCCAGAUCACCCGCAAAUCGGCGAUAUCCGCGUCACCUUCUGGGGCAGCACUGCGACGCACGUCAGCCUCAUCGGACUCCAGACGGUGGGCUUCCUUGGCUCCGAACGAUACAUUCAAGAGUUUCCCUCUCCCGCGCUACAGAAUCGCACGGCCGCCAUCUUCGCCGAAGGAGACUACAACCCAGAAGCGCUAGUCGCAGAGCACGUGUCGCAGACACAUGCCUCGAAUCGGGUGACGUGGAUCCUGCGAUGUGCCGCUGUUCUCCUGUUGUGGUUCUGGCUCUUCGUCACCGUGGUCACAUGCAGCACCACUCAGACGUGCUUCACGAUAUUCGUAAACUGCGGCCUCUUCGCGCUGAGCAUUACUUCCGGACUCGCGGGUUUGGUCUGGUGGCAGUUCGACACUGUCGUGGCAAUCUCGCUCUGGGUCCUCGCCAGCGGCUCAGUGGUCCUGGCGCUCAUCACGUGGGUCUGGGACUCCAACAAAUGCGCCAAUGACUGUGUGCGCACCGGGGGCGAGGGAAGUCCCUACGGCCGCCCUCCUCCCUUCACGAAUGCGUAUCGAGGCAUGGUGAGGUGGACGACUGAACCGGCGGCGAGGGGCUCGCUGGACAGAUCUCUGAUCCAGAAGAACGGCAACAGCAACAGCACUGUGGGAACGCCCAAUGGGCCCCUGCAGGAGAACCAGCCGCUCAGCAAUGCUGCCUCCUUCCAGCUGUAG